GCGACUUCUUUCAACUCUACCUCUCCUCGUUCGCAGACAACUUCAUGAGAUUACUAACAGUUGUUCAACGCGCGAACUUUCUUUCAUCUCCCUGUAAACUAUCACGCGUUCACUAAUUCAGGCGUUUAAAGGGUCAGUACGACUAGACAUGCACUUUCAAAUGCCCCUACCCUGGUAGUAGGACACACGUGUUCGCUUCAACCUUAAAAAUAACGGCAUGAACGUAAAUCCAUCAUUAAACUCCUCCCACUGCAAGUUGGAAAUUUAAACACUGACAAACUCAAAACAAUGUCGGAUAUCUCGGAUCUGCAGGAAGACAAAUUUAUACUUUUUAUUCAUCAUCUCUUAUUGCUAUACCGGCACAGCUGAUAUUCUCUAAAAUGCAAGCCUCUAACUACAUGUGCUCAUAGCUAAAUAUUGUAUAUUAAACCAAGACUUGUCAUUAUUCUGUCGCAACUUAUGCUAGAACUGCCUUCAAUUCCUACACGACUUAUGCUGUAAUAACAGUUUCGCGCAUCUUAAUGAUCAUGCUUAGAAACUCUUUGAGUAGACAUGCCUUGCAUGGCCAUGCAACGAACGAACACACCUUGACUGGCCACGCUAUCAAUGGCCAUAGUCAUGCACAGCAUAGUCACUCUGGUAAAGAUAGCUCUGUUUCGCCAGUUCCCAAUCUUUGGAUCACCGGUGUUGGUUCACAGUAUCCUCCGUACUUGGUCCCGCCCGAGAAGUUUGUGAAGUGGGCCAAAAGGUUCCAUGAUGUCGAGAAACCAGUACUCGCCAGAUUGCUCAAGCUCACAAUGAGUAGUGGGAUCGAGACACGUGCCUCCUCGAUGGACUUCGAAACUGGGUUCGGUUGCCAGACGGAAGUCCCAACCAUUGAUCAACUUGAUGCGCGUUUCCGCCAGGUCGGUGUUGAUCUUACCGUCCAGGCUUGCCGAAAGGCUUUGCGUGACUGGGGCGGUAACGCAGAAGACAUCACGCACGUUAUAGGAGUUACCGUCGGCAACUUGAGCCUUCCAGGUUAUGAUUAUUUAGUGGCCCGCAAACUCGGACUGGGCUACCAUGUCGAGAACAUGUUCCUGAAUGGCAUCGGCUGUGCGGGCAGCGUGGCCUUGAUGCGCGUGGCCGCCAACACCGCCAUGGCGGCAACAACCCGGAAGAGGCCUGCUCGUAUCCUCUGCUUUGCCUCCGAAGUUUGCACUAUGUACUUGAGGCAUCAGUAUGCCGAAGCUGAGGCGUCUUCUGAUAUCGAGAACAUGGACAUUGCGGGCGCUAUUUUUGGUGACGCCGCAUCCGCCUUCGUUCUGUGCAAUGACAACGGACUAGACGACGCUGACCAGGCCAAGUUCCAGCUGCUUGAGUGGGAACGCAUGACCAUACCGGGCACGAUCCACCACAUGGGCGCCAUGGUCAAAACAACUGGGUUCACAAGCAUCAUUACUAAACAAGUCCCGGAUCUCACCAACAAGGCAGUCCUGCCUCUAUGGAACAAAUUGCUGCCUUCAUACCGUGAGAAAGUCGGCCUUCCCGAACUCGACAUCUCCGAAUUCGACUGGGCGCUACAUCCCGGUGGAGAAUCGAUCAUCAACAACGUCAAGGACAGCAUGGCUCUGACAGAACACCAGUUAAGAGCCACUAGACAGAUAUAUAGAAGCAGAGGCAAUACCGGGAGCCCUACAGCGAUCUGUGUGCUCGACUUACUAAGAAAUAUGGGACCUGGAAGUGACCAUGUGGUUGCGGCUAGUUUUGGGCCUGGCUUGGCCACCGAAAUGGCGUUUUUGAGGCGCUGCCGAACCGAUCAGUAGAGAUUCUGGAUUUGUAAAAGCU